AUGGAUGUGCUGGAACUUGUGAAGAUUUGCACUCUCACUCUUGUGCUGUCAUGCCCAAUCAGAUGCCAAAACAUAAGGAGGAAAGGUCAGAGAGAUGACAACCAGGUCAUCGAAUAUAAAGCCAAAAGCCUGCUCUGCCCGGUGGAAAUCAUGUUCAUGGUGGACAGCACAGAGAGAGCCAAAUCUGUGCGGUUUGAGCAGCAGAAGGAGUUUAUCCUACGCUUCAGCAUCAAGCUCAUGCAGCUCCACUCUGCAGGCUGGCAUGUACGCCUGCGCUUAGCUGCUUUGCAGUAUAGUAGUAAAGUUUCAGUAGAGCACAACUUCAGAGACUGGCAGGACCUAGAUGUCUUCCAAAGUCGGGUGGCCUCAAUGGUUUUUAUUGGCCAUGGUUCCUACUCAGCCUACGCUAUCACCAAUGCCACCAAGGUAUUCAGGCAAGAGACGUCCUCCAGCAGUCUCAGGGUGGCGCUGCUGAUGACAGAUGGAAGUGACCACCCACGCAGCCCCAGUGCUGUGACAGCAGCUGCAGAGGCCAAACAGCACAACAUAAGGGUGUUCACCAUCAUGCUGUCUGCACUGCCCCAACCAGGUGCCAUGGAUACAAACCUGCGAUCCAUUGCCAGCGCCCCCCCACAGCAGCAUGUGCUCAGUCUCUCUGACAGUGAGCUUGAUUACAAACUCUUCAGUGAAAUAAAUACAGUUGUUACGACAGGGUGCCCAAAGCUAAAGGAUUGUAUGUGUGAGAGAGGGGAGAAGGGACACAUUGGAAGCCCAGGGAAACCGGGGGAGACAGGAUUGGCUGGUGCCCUAGGACCAGUGGGAUCUCAGGGCGAACCUGGUCAUAAUGAGCGUCCAGGAGCAGAGGGCCCUCAGGGGAGGCCUGGCAGCAAAGGUGAAAAGGGCAAACAAGGCAAAUCUGGAGAUUUUGGUGCAAUAGGAGAAAAGGGUAUAGCUGGACUUCCUGGCUUGGCAGGCCCCAAAGGAGAGCAGGGAGCCAGAGGGGCACCAGGAGACCCGGGUCAGGAGGGACCACCUGGGCCUCAAGGUGCGGGGGGAUCAAGGGGUGCACCUGGAGCUCCAGGAGAAAAUGGUGUUGGCCUCCCUGGUCCAAAGGGUGACAAGGGGGGCAAAGGAAGAUCAGGUCCAGCUGGACCAAUGGGUUUUGGUGUGCCAGGAACUCAGGGUCCACGAGGGCCUUCAGGAAUACAAGGUCCUCCAGGAUUUCUAGGUGAGGGUCAUGUAGGACCAAAGGGUGACAGGGGGUAUGAGGGUCCCAAAGGCAGUCCUGGACCUCCUGGACUUGGGAACAAAGGUGAUAAGGGAAACACAGGUGAACCUGGGCUUCCAGGUUUGAUCGGGGUUCCAGGUGCCGGGGCACAGGGAGAAAAGGGUGACCCAGGAAUUGUUGGCCCUUCCGGUCCCAGAGGACCUCCUGGACUGCUAAUUGCUGGACCAAAGGGUGACCAAGGUUUCCCUGGAGAGCCAGGUCCUCAAGGAGAAAAAGGCACAGGUGAACCAGGGCCCAAGGGUGAGACAGGACCAGAUGGGUCUCUUGGGAUUCCUGGCAUUCCUGGUGAAGAUGGAAGUGUUGGGCCUAAGGGAGAGAUGGGUUUGCCAGGACUGCGAGGCCCAGAUGGAGCACCAGGAACAGGCACAUCUGGAGAAAAGGGAGAUAGAGGUGAACGAGGUUCCAGGGGACUCUCCGGCUCGCUAGGCCCAGUUGGACCUGCAGGUGCCAAGGGAGAGCCUGGCAGCCAAGGAAUGAUCGGCCUACCUGGACCUCCUGGGCGAGGCUAUCCAGGAACCAAGGGAGACCCUGGGCCCGUGGGACAAUCUGGACCUGUUGGAGAGCCUGGAGUGGGAAUAAUUGGACCCAAAGGAAAUAAAGGAAGUAUUGGACCUUUUGGGCCAAAGGGGGCAAAGGGAGACUCUUUGACUGGACCACAGGGUCCACCGGGUUUACCAGGACUACAAGGAGAAAAAGGACCUGAGGGAAAAAGACUACCAGGAGCAAAGGGUGACAGAGGCUUACCAGGUGUUCCAGGACCAUCAGGUCCUCCUGGGGUUGGAUAUUAUGGACCAAAGGGCUCUACAGGACAGCCUGGUCCACCGGGCAUGCCUGGGCCUCCAGGAGCAGGACUACCAGGACCUAAGGGAGAGCCUGGAUUUCAAGGGCCAAUGGGUCCAAGAGGGCUUCCUGGGGAAGGUCUUUCAGGAAAGAAGGGUAAUCAAGGAUCUCCUGGAGAAAGGGGGAAAAACGGAGACACAGGGGACUUUGGACCACCUGGUUCCCCUGGACUUAUGGGGAGGCCUGGGAAAAAAGGAGAGGCAGGACUUACAAGAGACGAGGUCAUCCGGAUCAUAAAGGAAAUAUUUGGAUGUGGUAUCAUGUGCAGAGGGAGUCCACUAGAACUUGUAUUUGUGAUUGACAGUUCUGAGAGAGUGGGGCCUGAAAACUUUGAGAUGGUGAAGGACUUUGUGAACGCCAUUAUUGACCAGUUCACAGUCAGCAAAGAAGCCAGCCGUAUUGGUGUUGUACUCUACAGCCAUUUGAACUCGGUGGUGGUCAGUCUGCAUUGGCAGCCCAGCCAGGAUGAGAUCAAGGCUGCUAUAAGAGCCAUGCCCUACCUAGGCAAGGGCACUUUUACCGGCAGCGCCAUCCAUCAAGCUAAGCAGCUGUUCCAAGCCUCUCGGCCCCAUGUGAGAAAAGUGGCAGUGGUUUUCACAGAUAGUCAGUCAGAUCAGCGGGAUUUCCUACAGUUUAAAAAGACAGCCACAGAUGCCCAUGCAGAGGGGAUUGAGGUGUUUGUGAUAGGUGUGGUCAAAAAGACUGAUCUUCUUAAUGAAGAGUUCCUGAGUGAGAUAAAGACUAUUGGCUCUGAUCCUGAUGAAGAUCAUGUCUACCUUAUUGAUGACUUCCGACUGCUACCUGGUCUGAAGGAUAAUAUACUGAAGCAGAUUUGUGAUCAAGAUGCAACAACAGCAUUUCCACCAAAAUGUUUUUUUUCAUCUGUGGAAACCAAUCCGAACAGUCCAGAAGACAGCGACUCUAAAAUGAUCCUAGAAAAAGAAAACCUAAAGCAAUGGCUUCCAGUAGAACCAGUAUCCCCACAAGCUCCACAGCCCACUGAGUCACUGUGGCCUUAUGAGAACCAUGUUGAUCCUGAGUUGACGGUGGAGACCUCAAACAGACAGCCAGAUCUAUCAUUUAUCUCUCAUGGUGACAAGGGGAAGCGGAGGCCAGAGCAGAACUUUGAUGUUCACCCGCAGAGUCCCACUGACUGGCCAGGUGAGGUGGAAAGCACCCAAACAACUUUUAGCCCUCCUCCUCCAACUCUGGCUCCAUCACGCAUAUCAGGUAAGGGGUGCAGCCAGUCUCUUGAACCUGGUCCAUGUCGGCAGUACACAGUCAGGUGGUACUACGACCCAGAGGCCAAUGCCUGUGCCCAGUUUUGGUAUGGAGGUUGUCAGGGCAACGCAAACAACUUUGAGAAUGAAGUCAAGUGCAGGAAUACCUGUAUCUACACGUAAUAGACUGUUUGGAUGGAUGUUUGGAUUGAUGUCAAGCAGAUUCCAUCAGGAUUAGUAACAGUAACAAGAAAGAAAAGCGCCUACAGCAACACCUGUCAUGGUUACUCUCUGACUGCGGUGGAGAAUGUUUCUGUCUAUCAAAAUAUAUUCUCACAGAGGU